AUUAAAUUAAAAUUCGGAGAAUAGGGGAAGCCCUUUGUAUCUCAUCACAUUCACACCAUAUCAAACAGACAGCCGAAAAGAUUACGAAGAGAGAAGAGAAAAGAGAUCGAAAAUGAGCGGAACAGUGAAGAAGAUCGCCGAUGUGACAUUCAAGGCCGGCCGGACUAUUGAUUGGGAAGGAAUGGCGAAGCUUCUUGUCACCGAUGAAGCUCGCAAGGAGUUUUCUAACCUCCGUCGUGCUUUCGAUGAUGUCAACUCACAACUCCAAACCAAGUUCAGCCAGGAGCCUGAGCCCAUAAACUGGGAAUAUUACAGGAAAGGAAUUGGUUCUCGCUUGGUAGACAUGUACAAAGAAGCCUAUGAAAGCAUUGAGAUCCCCAAGUUUGAGGACACAGUUACUCCUCAAUACAAACCCAAGUUUGAUGCUUUGUUGGUGGAACUGAAAGAAGCUGAGAAGCAAUCUCUCAAGGAGUCUGAAAGAUUAGAAAAGGAAGUUGCCGAGGUCCAAGAGUUGAAGAAAAAACUCAGUACCAUGACAGCAGAAGAAUAUUUUGCAAAGCAUCCCGAGUUAAAGAAGAAAUUUGAUGAUGAAAUUCGAAAUGAUUACUGGGGCUACUAAUUGGCUUCAUGAGAAGUUUUCUGGAUCCUCCUGUGGGGUUGGAUGCUGUGAGUUCGUCUGUUAUUUAGGAAUAAAAGGAAAGCAACAAUUGUUUUUUCAUUUCAUUUGCUGGGGUAUUUUAAAGAAUGUGGACUGCUACAAUGUACUUUGGCUCUGGUUGGAGACAAAAGAUGUCUUGAGUGGAUACGUUUAUCAUAAUUCCAUUACUGAAGAAAUCUAGAAUUCUUCGAUACUGAAAUGCUCACCAUUCAGUGUGUAUUCAAGUCUUUUUUCUGACCGCGAUUUCUCAACAUUUUUGUGGAAUUUUAUUUUGUGGUCUUUGUUGA